AUGAAUCCUGACGGUACAACAGGAGGAAAUAAUGUUGGUCUUGGACAAGCAGAUGAUCAACAAAUGAUUACAUCCGCUGAUCGAGAAAAUUAUAUAGCACGAUUAACACAUCAUUUUAAUGGUAAUCGAGAAAUGGCUAAACAUCUUGAUGAUCAAGCAAUUACAAGAAGUGGUGGAAAAGCAGGAUUGUAUAAAAAAACUCUUCAAAUGUUAUUACAACCAAGAAAUCAACAAAUACAACAACCGAUGAUGAACCCACAACAGCAGCAGCAGCAACAACAAAUGUAUAUGCCUUCUCAACAGCAACAACAACCGCCUACUGCUUAUACAAUGCAAACACCAUUGCCAUCAUCGUCGAUGGCACCUGCCACACCAAUGAUGAAUGUCAAACAAGAACCUCAAAUGCCAAUGUCAAAUAUUCAAAUGAGAUCAAAUCCACAAAAUUUUCCUGUACAGCAACAAAUCAAACAAGAAUUAAUGAUGCCACCAAUACCACAACAACAACAACAGAUUAAACAAGAACUGAUGAUUCCAUCAAUAGCGCAACAACAAACAGGAAUGCAAGUUCAACAAAUGAGACAACAACAGCCAUCACAAUAUAAUCAACAGCAACCACCAUCUCUUCCAGGUCAACCACCAACGAAUGCACCUCAGCAAUCUAGUAUGGUUCAGCAGUUACAACAAGUACGUCAACAAAAUCAUCUCAAUCAACAACAACAACAACAACAACAAGAAUUCUCAAAUCCUCCUCAAUUACAACAACAACAGCCUUUCAAUCCUUCCAUGUUACCACAAUCAUCACCUAUGAAUCCAGGAGUUACAUCAUCUUCAUCAACACCAACUUCUACUACAUCAGCUGGUAGUUCAGAUGAAAUACUUCAACAACUACUAACUAGUCCAAAUCCACCUAAACAACCAUCAGCUAUUGCUCAAAAUACUGCUCAGGCAAGAUUACGUACAAUCAAUCGAAAUAUUCGUAAUCAAUCAUUACCAACAUCACAAGUUCCUCAACAACAACAGCAACAAUCUAGUCCAAUGACACCAGGUUCUGAUCCUAUGAUGGUUGGUAAUAUUCCAUCACCUCAUUCUCAUCCUGGUAUGAUGCAACAACCACAAACACCAAUCGGAGCACCUGGUCAAAGUCCAUUUGCACGUUAUAUGAUGGCACAAUCUCCACAAGCUCCUAUGUAUCGUCCACAAAUGUCUCCAAUGAAUAUGAUGAAUUAUGCAGGUAGUCCAACAGCAAUGAUUGAUGAUGAAAUGCAUUAUUUAUAUAAAUUUUUUACUGAACGUAUUCAUUAUUUAACUAGAAUCAUAGGUCGAUGUCAACAAGAAGGUCAACAUGAUAAAGUAGCAAAAUAUCGACAAUUACAUGAUCAAAUGGCGACGUUUGUUCGUAAUCCAGUGCCAGAACAUUUAAUAGCUGCACGUCGUCUUAAAGAACAUGUUGAUCGUAUAUUUGAUCCACGUAUGUUUGGCCCAGUCAUGAUGCAACCUAUGGCUGAUAUGCCAGGCAUGAUUCCACCUGGAAAUAACGGUGGUCGUUUAAUGUCAAAUGGAAUUUUUGAACAGUGUCAACGUGCUAUUGUGGAUUAUUUAGGCAAAGAUACAACAUUAAAAUAUAAUGUUUCAAAACGUUUCUUAGAGCCAUUGAGUGAAGUUCUUAAUGGUGUACCACAUAGGAAUAUGAGAUUAGAUACAGAAUCAAAACAAACUAUUGAACCAUAUUCAUCAUUAGAUAAUACUCACCCAUCAUCAUCAUCAUCUCUUGUAAAUAUAAUUGAAAAUGAAUUUGAUAAUUUAUCAACGAAUACUUUUACCUAUGAAUUAAAACCAUUGUCUGAUAAAAUGUCUACAUCAUCAUCAUCUAUAACUGAUAUCAAAGAUUCAUCUAUUCAUGAUUAUGAAUUAACAUGUCGUUUUACUGAAAUAAGUUCACCUAUUGUACCACCAUUAAAAAUCAAAUUAACAUCACAAUAUCCAAAUGAACCACCUGAAGUACUAUCAUUAACAUCAACUACAUUAUGUCCGACGCCAGCUAAACUACAAAAAUCGGAUGGUCAUUCAUUUUUUGAAUCAAUAUCUCGAAGUUUUAUAUAUUUUUUAUUUAAAUUACCAGCACAACAUACUGUUACUGAUAUUUUAGAUAUAUGGCGUACUGCCAUUCAAAGUGCUUCCUUAUCUCAACAAGAAUGA